AUGGUCCUUUCCAUCCUCUCCGGGCAGAAUAACUCAAGUGGUAUAGGAUUCGGUGGAAGUAUGGGUCUUCAUCCCACAGCCUGCACUAUAUUUACACCAUGGUGUCUGAGUCUGAGGCAGCCCCAGUUCUUCGUUGUGGUCUUCCUGGAUGACCGGCCCAUCACUCGCUACAACAGCAACACACGGAGGCAGGAGCCUCUGGUGCCCUGGAUGCAGAAGGUCACAGAGAAUUACCCUACGUACUGGGAGAAAGAGACUGUGGUAGCGAGGGACAAUGAAGUGUUUUUCAGAAAGAGCCUGCAGGCCACAAACUCCCACUAUGAGCAUGGUGGCGGUGAGUGUGGGAUGAAGGGCCCUGAGGAGCUCCUCAGCUUCAGGGAGAGUGAUUCCAACUACUUCUGGUCCCCCAGUUUCCUGUUUCUGGAGUACUGGCACAUGUUGUCCUUCCUGUUUUCCAUCCGUGAGAUCAACAAGAAUCCAAGGCUCUUACCCAACAUCAGCCUGGGCUAUGACAUCUAUGAGAGCUGCUUUGAUUCCAGAGUGACUUCCUAUGCCAUGCUAGGCCUGCCUGCUGGUGGGGAACGCCACCUUCCAAAUUUUGCCUGCGGGAAGAAGAAGAACCUGCUGGCCAUUCUUGAAGGAACUGAAUUGGAUAUUUCCACUCUUAUUUCAGUCAUGUCGUCCAUCUACAAGAUUCCUCAGGUGGUGCCUCGUUCCAGGUGUGUGGAGAGCUGUCGCCCCGGUUAUGCCAAGCAGACUCAGGAGGGGAAGCUGCCCUGCUGCUACACUUGUGCCCCAUGUGCGGAAGGGACCAUCUCCACUCAGGAAGAUGCAGAGCAGUGCAGCGGGUGCCCUGAAGAUCAGCACCCGAACAAGGACCGAGAUUGCUGUGUCCCCAAGAGAAUAACCUUCCUCUCCUAUGAGGAACCUUUAGGGAUUCUCCUGGCUUCCUUUGUCCUGAUUUGGUUUCUAAGCUCAGGCAUUACGCUUGGAAUCUUCAUUAAAUUCCGAGAAACUCCAAUCGUCAAAGCCAACAACAGGAACCUCUCCUACAUUCUCCUCAUCUCCCUCUUGCUUUCCUUCUUGUCUUCCUUCCUAUUCAUCGGCCAGCCAAGCAAAGUGACUUGCCUGUUUCGACAAACAGUCUUCAGCAUCAUCUUCUCAGUUGCCACCUCGAGUGUGUUGGCCAAAACCAUCACUGUGGUGCUGGCCUUCCUGGCCACCAAGCCAGGCAAUAAGGUGAGAAAGUGGUUGGGGAAGAGCCUUGCAAAGUCCAUUGUCAUGUCAUGUUCCAGUGUCCAGGUCAUCAUCUGCUCCAUCUGGUUGGGCUCCUCUCCACCCUUCCCUGACUCUGACAUGCAUUCCCAACCUGGACACAUCAUCCUACAGUGCAAUGAGGGGUCUCUCAUGAUGUUCUAUACUGCCCUCGGGUACAUGGGCGUCCUUGCUGCCACCUGCUUCACUGUUGCUUUCCUGGCCAGGAAGCUGCCAGGGGCCUUCAAUGAAGCCAAGCUGAUCACAUUCAGCAUGCUGGUCUUCUGCAGUGUCUGGGUGUCCUUUGUGCCCUCCUACCUCAGCACCAAGGGGAAGUACAUGAUGGCCGUGCAGGCCUUCUCCAUCUUGGCCUCCAGUGCUGGGCUGCUGUGCUGCAUCUUUCUUCCCAAGUGCUACAUCAUUGUCCUGAGGCCUGAGCUAAAUAUGAAGGAGCAUCUCAUCAUCAAAAGAUAA